AUGGGAUCGUUAUUGAGCUCUCCGGCUUCAAGGACCAGGGAGACUAUUGAUUAUGAACUUUCUCAAAAUGGAUCUUGCAAGAGACUGAGGAUGUCAUCUAGCUUUGGUGAUGACAGCCCAAGACUAAUUCCCAGUCUUCCUGACGAGAUCUCAUUUCAGAUCCUUGCACGAAUUCCCAGGAUCUGUUAUUUGGAUAUGAAAUUGGUUUCCCGCAGCUGGAAAGCUGCUGUGACAAGUAAUGAACUCUUCGAAAUAAGAAAAGAGCUAGGAACCAGAGAAGAAUGGUUGUAUAUCCUCACAAAAAUUGAAGAAGAAAAGGUCUUAUGGCAUGCUUUGGACCCUACCGCCAGAAAAUGGCAAAAGCUGCCACCAAUGCCAAAUGUUGUUUACGAGGAUAAAUCUAAGAAAGGUUUGUCUAGCCUACAUUUGUGGAACGUGGUGGGAUCUAGCAUUAAGAUUGCAGAUGUCAUAAAGGGGUGGCUGGGACAUAAAGAUGCCUUGGAUCGAAUGCCCUUUUGUGGAUGUGCAAUUGGAGCUGUUGACGGUUGUCUUUUUGUGCUCGGAGGUUUCUCAAAAUCUACAGCCAUGAGAUGUGUUUGGAAGUAUGAUCCCCGUUUAAAUGCAUGGAAAGAAGUAAAUUCUAUGAGCAUCGGCCGGGCAUAUUGUAAAACAGGUCGGUUGAAUGGCAAGCUUUAUGUUGUUGGUGGAGUGAGCCAAGGCAGAGGUGGCUUAAUGCCUUUGCAGUCAGCUGAAGUCUUUGAUCCGUGCACUGGGUUGUGGGCUCCAGUGCCCAGCAUGCCAUUCUCCAAGGCACAGGUGUUACCUACACCUUUCUUGGCUGACAUGCUAAAACCUAUUGCUACAGGAAUGACGUCAUAUAGAGGAAGAUUGUGCGUUCCACAAAGUCUAUACUCAUGGCCUUUUUUCGUUGAUGUUGGUGGGGAAAUCUAUGAUCCUGAGACUGACUCGUGGAUGGAUAUGCCUGCUGGCAUGGGAGAAGGUUGGCCAGCAAAACAGGCAGGAACAAAACUAAGUGUGGUUGUGGAUGGUGAACUCUAUGCGCUGGAUCCUUCUAGUUCCUUGGAUAGUGGCAAGAUUAAGGUCUAUGAUGAGGUAGAAGAUGCAUGGAAAGUUGUUGUUGGGAAAGUGCCAGUCUAUGAUUUCACUGAUUCUGAGUCACCUUAUCUGCUUGCUGGAUUUCUUGGGAAGCUUCAUGUGAUCACGAGAGAUGCCAAUAAUGAAACUGCUAUAUUACAGGCAGAUGUGCCAAAACAUCUGCAUGCUCCCUCCAGCUGUUCAACGUUGCCUUCAUCAAGUUCCACUAGUGAGAACAUAACUGCACCAGUAGGCGAGGAAACUGAUAUUUUCAAGGUUGUCGCUACUAAGAAUUUUGGGACAGCAGAACUUGUUAGCUGCCAGGUCCUGGAAAUCUAG